AUGAAAGCAUUUGUACGAUUAACUACCGGAGAUAUUGUUUGCGAAACUGUGGACCCAGACGCAGUGGUUGUUGACACAUUGAAAAGCAUUCUGGGUGACCGGCUGGGUCCGCUUCCCGAACGGAUCGAAUUUGUCAUCGGGAGCCGCAAAGUAAAGAAAGAUGAUCAAUUCCGGAAAUACAGUGAUUCAAUUGUCCCCAUUUUCGAGGCAACUCACGCUUGGCGGGGCGUGGUUUGUCCUGAAAAGAUGAAAGCCAAAGACUCGGAACCUUGA